AUGAAAAUUGCACUCUUGGCCCAUGGUGGCCCCGAUCCUGUGAAUGACAGCGGGCAGGUGGGCUGUGGUGCCCAAGCAGCACCCAGCUGGAAUCAAUGCCCAAGCGCCGUCAAUCACAGAAUUGGGGCCACGCGCUGGGCACGCUCCGGCCCUGUUUCUAUCUCCUGUCUUUUCCUCCCCUCAGCCAGGAAGGAAGCAGGGACCCUGCAAGUGAGGCAAGAUCCUGCCCAGAUCCUGGCCCCCCUGGGGGGCUCGGUGGAGCUGUCCUGCCAGAUCCACGCUGCCCAGCACUGGGAGAGGCUCCGUGUGGAGUGGAGGAGGGAGGGCGCCCUGAGGGCUCUCUGCCAGGUCGUGCUGGACAACACCAGCGUCUCCAACUGCUGCAAGGGCAUGGAGGGCUGUGAUGACGCCCGCCUCGGCUUCACCUGGCACCCCCCUAAGUUCACCCUGAGGAUGGGCAACAUCAGUAAAGAUGACGUGGGGCAGUACAUGUGCGUAGCCACCGUGGAGAUCCCGGUGUAUCUGCAGGCCGAGGGCAACGGGACGAUGCUGAAUACCUCAGCAGCAGACGGAGGAGGUUGGCUGAGGAAUCACAGCAGAGACCUCGUGCUGUGGCUGGGCCUGGCUGGAGCGCUGGCCGUCACCACACUGCUGCUACUGCUGGCCGUGAUCUGCUGCUACAAACGCAGGCGCAGAGAUCCAGGGCAGGCAAUCUACGUGAACGUUCUGUUCCGCAAAAAGCAAGAGGAAAAGAAAGACGGUGCCCAAGCCAGUAGCGAGACAAAGCAGAGCAGCCUCUACAUCCAGGAGUUCCAGAAACGGGGGCACAACUGGAGGCCUCCAGUUGCAGAACGGAGGCCUGGCCCCAUGAAAGCUUCCAAAAAGGCCUUCUCCUUUAAGCAGAGGACAACGGAAAGGCCAUGAAGAUCCGUGCAGCGCUCGGAUGCCCCCAGUCAGAGCCCUGCCCACUCUGCUUCUAAGGUUCUAACCCUGCCCCUCUCCAAAUGGACCUUGGGGCUGCCUCUCACUGGAGUUAAGUGCCGCCCAUGCGCUCGGGGCUGCACAGAGCACAGCACGAAGAGGGUCCCUGCCCUGCUGUGCUUAUGAUCAGAGAGACCAAAGUGGGGGGCCUGGGUGCCCAGAGGGAGGAAUCGCAGAGGAGAGUGUUUGGUUUGUUUGCUGUGGCCAGGGGGGAGAGGCAAGUGCAGAGCCGGGAGAGAGGCCAGGAUGGGGACAGCGUUGAAUCUGAAUCCUCUUCUCAACGACAUUCAGGUGCUUAACCUCCCCCUCACUUGGUUUCAAUGGGAGUUAGGCACCUAAAUACCUUAGGCAGCUCUGGGCCUUGGAGCCUUACAAUCCUACCGCUCCUCCAUCAAGGGAGCACAGGGCCUUUCCCCCCAUGACCUCCGGGCCAUUCAAUGGGAGUUACCCUGAAAGGGAGGAAAAACCCUUCUGGCCAGGAGGAAAUCUGUGCACCGGGGCACAAUCCUGCCUCUAUGGCAGUCAGUGGCAACGUUCCCAGUGAGCUGAACAGGGCCAGGACCGUGUCUGCCUGUGCCCUUUAGCGAGUGAGGAGCCAGACGCGAGGGGCAGGUCUCUUCAGCGGUGCCCGGAGGUGCUGUGCUCGGGAGCUGCCCAGAGGCAGCUUGGUCAGACCAAGGGUCCAUCUAGCCCAGUGUCCUGUCUGCCUACAGUGGCCAGUGCCAGGUGCCCCAGAGAGAAUGAACAGAACAGGGAAUCAUCAAGUGAUCCAUCCCCUGUCACCUGUUCCCAGCUCCUGGCAAACAGAGGCUAGGAACACCAUCCCUGCCCAUCCUGGCUAAUAGCCACUGAUGGACCUAUCCUCCAUGAACUUAUCUAGUUCUUUUUUGAACCGUGUUAUAGUCUUGGCCUUCACAACAUCCUCUGGCAAGGAGUUCCCCAGGGCAGCUGUGCGUUGUGUGAAGAAAUACUUCCUUUCGUUUGUGUUAAGCCUGCUGCCUAUUAAUUUCAUUUGGUGGCCCCUAGUUGUGUUCUGAGAAGGAGUAAAUAACACUUCCUGAUUUCCUUUCUCCACACCAGUCAUGAUUCAACAGCCACCCGCUAGCGUUGCCCAGCUGGGCUGACGGAUGGCACGUGUGCUGCUUCUUAUUCAGCCCUGUGGCUUGGUAGGGGAGCCCUCUCGAGUCGGGGACUAGCUGGGAUGCCCACCGGGCUGGCCGGGAUUACAAUGUCUCGGCGGACGGGCUGCCAGAUGACUUGUCCAUGGCGACCGAUGAAGAAAACGGCGAGGAAAUGUCGUAAACUCUUCUCCAGACUGUUCAUGCGUAGAGGGCGUUGCAGUUUUGGGGUAACUUUAUUUCCCUUCGGUGCUCCCUCAAGGGCACCUACUUAAGGUUUCCGGCUCCUAGUGGUGCCUCUUUCGGGAGGGGACCUGCGUCUCUCCCCCGCCUGACUGGGGUUUUCAGGCUGCACGGCUCCCGGCCGUACACUGUGAUAUCCCAGCAAGUUGGUCAGCCUGCAGGCCAGCGCUUGGGCUUUGCUUUCUGCCUGAGGGCUAUAAAGAGGGUGGCCAGCAGUUAUAAGUUACCAGCCAGCUCUGAACAAGCACCUUCGUUCUUAAGGCAAAACCAUUACAGAGUAAACCUAGAAAGACAAGUUGUCGUCACCCAUCAGCCUUACGGGGCCCUGGGAGGCCAAGGUCUUUCCGGAAGGGUUGGGGCCAGACGCUCCCAUCCUCUGGCUGGCUCAGAAAGAUGCCCUGAGGAAGUUUAAACCUAGCCUCCUAAUACCAAAAGACCUUUCUUUGUUUGUUUAGGUCUGAAAAAAACAGUUUGAAUCAGUCUAUUCCAGCCUGGAGUUGGGGGGGGGGUGUUAAGUAGUCUC